UACGUAGAAGGAUUCUCAUGGUCGUCGUUUUCGGUGAUAGGGUCACCAGUGUGGGAGUGGGGUAAAGCCCGUCCUACUGCACAUCGCAUGAUGCAGUCGUAGUCAUUAUAGUUUGAACUAGUGUAGUGCUUUGAGUCGCGAGAUCCGUCAGGUUAACAUGUGGAGUUACAAGAGAGAAGCUAAGAUGUUGAAGAUAUUUUACUAUCCGCCAGUUGAGGAUAGUGAGAAGACAAAAAGGGUAACGGUGAAGGUCCAUCUACCGUACAAGGAAGGCUCAGUGACACGAGUGGAUAGCUUUAUGAGUCUUCCGUACAAGUUGAGGACGAUGGAGGAGCGCAAAAGACAGAGGGAAGAGAGCACGAAAAGGUGGGAGGCCUGGGAGGAGGGCUUUUUCCACCUUAUGGAGUUCUUCGAGCCCGAGCUCCAGAAUACUGUUCAGGAGGUGGAAGAGCCCUGGAGUUUUGUAACGAGUACCGGAGAGACCUCGUGGAAGUUGGGUCUCAUCUUUUCAAAAACCACUCUCGAGAUGCAGAUGUCGAUUGAUGCGAGGGCAAUCUCGGACGUAGACAUCACGGGGUUCGUCAACAUGAAAAGAAAACGCGAGGUCCGUCAGGUUAAGACUUCGACGAGGAGGGAGCUGGAGGCCUUAUGGGAGGAAGGGGACGAGGACAUCUUCAGUCUGGGAUGGCUGUUUGAAUAGAACUCCUGGAUAAAGAGGCACCAGGCUCUUUGGGUUGCGCUGGCCGAUAAAUAUCGUCAGACCGAGAAGGCCCGUCGCUUGAUAGAUAGUCCGGCCCAUCGUCGGAAUCUUCGCUUGCUCGAGCGUAAGGCUGGUAAUCCUCCGCCCCAUCGGCCGGCGGGCUAUCCGAUGACCGCCGUCGUUUUAUCGCUGUGUCGACAUUGUUGGAAGGCGAAUUGUGAGGAUAUGAGAAAUGACGGAAAUCGGGGUUAGGAGAGACAUCGGCUUCAGGAGGCGGCAACGCGCGUCCCACAUGGGGUGGCGGGAUUUGAGGCCAACACAGUGAAACCGUCC